AUGGAUAACCAAAAAACAUUAAAUAAUAAUAUUAAUAGUUUGUGUCAAAUAUCACAUUUUCAAAACACUAUAAAAACUAUAAAAAAUUUAAGUGUAGGAAAUGAUGAUAUUGAUUGGGUGUUAGAGUGUAAAAAAAGGAAAGAAGAAAUUAAAACUCCAGAUAAAUUAAUUUCUUUAGGAAAAUUAAACCUAUUAAAUUUAUCACAAAAAGAAAAAAUUACAGUUGAUAAUAGUAUUUUUUCAAAAAUCAAUAAACACAUAGAAGAAACCAGUAGACUUAUAGGAAUUAUUCCAGAAGAAAAUAAUGAAAUAAUAGAAUCACUUAAAAAUUUAAUCAUAGAAUACAGUAACUACAGAGAAAAAAUUAUAAAUAAAUUCAAUUUAUAUAAAUCAAGUGAUAAUAAUAAAAUUUUUAAUGAUGAAGAGCUUGAUUUGUUUUUUCGACCUGUAGUCAAAAUAUUAAAAGAAGAUUUAUUAUGCCGAGAAAUAUUAUUAACAGAUGGAUAUAAAAUUGCGUCAUAUUGUAGAAAAAAAAACGAAUUUGUUAAAAAAAAUAAAUAUGGCUUAUCAUAUGGUUCAAGUGUUCAAGGUGUUUACUAUAAAGUUGAUACCGAUGAUCAUUUCCUUUGCCCAGUAAGAGAGAAUGCUGUUUAUACCUUUUUCAAAAUUUUUUUUAAUAGUGAAAAUUAUAUAUCACCAACACAAAUGAUCUUUUUAAAUAUACCAAUUACAGAAAAAGAAAGUAAAGCAAGAAAAAAUGAAGAAGAAUUAGAGAUUCAAAAUGAUUUCAUUCGUGAAGCUGUUCAAAUGGGAAUGAUGAAUUUUCCAGAACUAAUGAGAAAGAUGAAUUUUCCUUGCAAAAUUAAAACGGUCUCAAUCCAGGCCUCCCAUCUAAUAUCUGGAAUUCCAUUCAAUGAGUUUCUCGAACAACACAAAGACAAUUCAUCAAAUCUCUCAUCUCUCAUCGAUUUAAAAAGCUUUAGUGCACAUUUCAUCUCAAGUCUACUGCUUUCACCAGACGAUGGCAGGGGUGAUAAUUUUUUUUUACAAGACAACAAAACACUAGUGGGUAUUGAUAGUGAUGGCUCAAUUUCAUAUGACGAAAUACAAAAAACAGAAUCUAAUUAUUUUGUUAAAUCAAAAAACAUUCUUUAUACCCUCCCCCUAAUGGACGAAGUUAUAGACAACAGCAUAAUAGAUAUAUUUAAAAAAAUGGAUAUAGAAUUAUUUAUUUUAGAGUGGUUAGGAAAAUCAAAUCAAAAAGAAAUUUUAAUAGGCAAAAUGCUGGAUGAAAUCCUCGAAAACUGUGAUUCAGCAAUCAAAUCGUACAAACGUAACCUAUCAUUACCAACAGUAAUUCCAGAUGGAUGGAUAACAAAAUUUUUAAACAGAUUUAUAAAAAUAAAGGAGGAGUUAGAUUCUUUUGCUAGUCCGAUUACCCACAAAAAAUUAUUUAAAAAAAUUUCACCAUUCUUAUCGCUUUAUUACAAAUCACUUGCAAAUAGGGCCAAAAAAACUCCUAUUGAAGAAAGAAAAAAAGAUUUUACAUCAGAUUAUAAUUAUCAAAUAUUUAUUAUGGGUGAACAUAUGUCUUUCAAAGAGAUGUGUGAUAAUUAUUCUGGAUUAGAAAAAAAAGAUUUAUUAAAAGUGUAUGAAAAAUUGAAAGAAACUGAGUUUUUCCCCCAUAUAGAUAACAAUUUGGAUCUAACAAAAGAAUAUAAAAAACAUCAAUACUCAACAAUAGAAGAACUCAUAACUUUUCAACUAAAAGCAUUAGUUUAUUGUGUAGAGAGCUUUAAUGAUGACCGACUUUCAAAAAUUGUUCAAAUUAUCAACAAUUUAAUCAAGAAUGAAUCUAAUUUAACAAUUAAACUAUCAAGUGAUAACUUUCAUUCAACCUGGGAACAAAACAAAUAUUCAAUUUUACUUAGGUUAAUUAAAAAUGGAGAAAGUUACAUAACUAUAGAAAACAUAAUUCAAAUAUUGGAAAUUGAUUUAAAUACUGAACAGAGCAAAUUAGAAUCAACCUUUCAUAGCGUUAUAUGCUCAAGCCAUUCGAACGAAACUAAACUUAAACAACUCGAAGUUUUAAAAAAAUAUGGUGCCGAUAUUGAAGUACUUAAUGACUACCAUUGUACCAGUAUUACUCCACUAGAUUAUGCAGUUAUAGAAAAAAACAAUCAAUUAUUUGUGUGGUUUAUUAAAAACGGAUCGGGUUCAAAAUCCAUGAGAUUAAAAAACUGUGUAUCUUUUUAUUGCACACUUUUAAACUCUGAAAAAAAAGAAUUAGAACCAUAUAUGAACUCUCUCUACCAUAUAAACCAAAGACUAGCAUGGAAAUUUUCAAUUCAUUUUUUACUACCAUGUAAAAAAGAAUCAAACACAGAAAAAGAAACAAAAAUAAAUAAAAAAUCAAAAAUAGAAAUUGAAACUUUUAAUAAAACUAGAGUUUUAAAAGAAAAAUAUAUUAAUCAAAUAUUCGAAAAAGAUAAUAAUAAUUUGAUCCCAAAGAAAAAUAAUCUAGGUAAAAGUCCAGUACCCUUCAUUGAAGAUUUCGGCCUCAGAAUCUAUUUCAAAUUCUGGCCAGUAUUCCCAGGUAAUGAAAAAUCUGUAUCUAUACUAUCAGAUCUAUUAUUUGGUACGUGUACCCCGUUUUCAAAAGUAGUAUUAGUAGAUGGAAAAUUUCCUGUUCUUUUAACCCAAUAUGUACCAGGUGAAGAAUUAAUUUAUAAGUUUUUUAAAGAAUCAUCACCUAUUAGAAAUAAAAUCCAUUCAGAUGAAUCUAUUUUAAAACUAAUUAAUAAAGAAGAUUUAAUCGAAAAACCGAUUGAACUCGAUCAAAUACAAGAGAGCAACCUUUCAAGACAACUAAUUCUUGCAAUGAUUAUUAAUAAUGCUGAUGGAAAUUUUGGUAAUUUUAUUAUUUCAAAAGUAUUACCCAAUCAAUAUAGAAUCGUUUCAAUUGAUAAUGAACUUACAUAUACACCACCAAUAAUAAUCAAUAGUAAAUCAAAUAAAUCCAUUGGUAGUUCUAAUGCUCUAUUGGUUUUAGAUCUAAUGUUAAAAAAAGUCGACAUCAGCUUUAUAGAAGAACUCAAAUCAAUUAAUAUUGAAGGAGAAAUUGAAAAGUGGUUAAUCAAACUUAAAACGAAACAUAGUUUGUCAAAUGCAUUAUUUAAUAAAAUUAAAGAUCAAAUUAAUCAAACAACUAUCAUUGGCACCCCAAUGCACAAAAACUCAAUUUACACAAUCUAUUCGAAACUAUUAAGACUAAAAAAAGAUCUUACAAAUGAAAUGACAUACUUUGAUAUUUAUUUUUUACUAGAACCAGAGUUGGCAAUUAGACUGGAACCAAUUUUGUUCAACCCAUCUCUAUCACCGAUUAAAAGAUACUUUACCUUUAAAAAUUUACAACUGGAUUCAAAAAUAUCCGAAAUAUCAGGUAUUACAAAUCCAAUCAAUUUAUCAUUAGAAACUAGCAACAUACCAAACUAUAUGGAUAUUAUUGAAAAUAUAAAACAAGGUAAAUUUUUACCAAAACAGGCAUUCGAGGAAUUUCAAAGUAUCAAAGAGCAGGUGAAUCAAUUAAAUGAUGUAAAAUCAAACAAACCAUUAAUUAAAUUUUUUGAUUCAGCAGCUAUUGAAAGGGUAUUAUAUGAUUUAAAUUUUCAGACAAUGACCAAACAAGAGGAAAUUAAUUUUUUCAAUAUUAUCAAAAAAGGAAAGUUAAAUGUUUAUUCAGUUCAUAUUAAAAAUAGUAAAAUAUUUUCAUCAGAUCAUUUUUAUCGCUUAUUCAUUCCAACCUCAAUCACAAGAAUAUAUAUCACCAACUCUCCAACAUUUGAAGGAUUUUUAGGAAAAGAAUUUUUAUCACUUACACAUUUAAAUGUAGAAGGAUGUUCAAACUUAACGAAAAUAAAAGUCAAUGCAAAAAAUUUGAAAUAUUUGAAUGCCUCCGGAUGUCCUUUAUUAACAGAAAUCAUUACAGGUACACCACACUUGGAAUGCUUGCUUUUAAAGGAUACAAUCACAAACAAUAACCAUCAUCUUCUUGAUAUAGUUUCAAAAUAUAAAGAUUUAAAAAUUUUAGAUAUAGGGUUUAGCAAAGAAACCCAAAUCGAAUCAUUAGAACUAUACUUUAUUUUACCAAAACUCCUACAGUUUUUAGCAAAUAAUUUAAUUGGAAUUAAAAAAAUAAUUAUAUAUAUGCCACAAGUAAAUAAAUUUGAAGCAAAUUUAUCAACAGCAAAUUUUAUAUUUGAUGGGCUUGCAUAUUACAAUAAUAAGGAAUAUUCACUAUUAGCAGAGUCAUCAAAGAGACCAAUUUCAAUCAAUAUAUUUGGUUUAAUCAAUCCAUUUUCCAAGUACUUUUUAAACCAUUUAGAAUCAAAAGUGAAAUCAUUAAAUAUUGGUUGCAUUCUUUCAUUUAACUUUCAAACAAGUUUUUCCGUAUGUUUGGUCAAAAAAGAAACCGACUUUUAUUUUCAAACCCUUUUCUGUAACAGCUUUAUUUUUGUUAUAUUGGAAUUGGAUGGUAAUGAAUCACAAAAUAUAAUAAAUGAGAAACUAAAAGAAUUUUAUAAAGGAAAUAAUAAAAUAUUUUUCAAUCACAUCAAAUUUAUUUUAAUAACAAUAGGCGAAAAAAAAAGAAAUCAAUCAAAAAUCAAUGAUUUAAAGAAAUUUUUAGAUUUUUCUUAUGAAGUUAAUAUUCCAAUUGCUAAAGCGCCAAAAAAUGUUUCUGUGACCUGGGAGCAGUUAACUAGAAAAUCUGAAUCAACCUCAAAUAAUUAUAUAAAACCUGAUCUAAUAUAUUCAUGGACGAAGGAUUUUGCAAAACUAAAUAUUUAG